GCAGUGCAGUUCGGAGAGCAGACGGAGAUGAGUGUGAAUACGUGGAUGAGGACAAGUGUCGGCAAGUGGCCUCGCUGUCUUUCCAGGAUUACAAGGAACAGAGAUUCCACCAAUCCAGGCGUGUCUGACGGCCGAGCUGAAGAUCUGGAGCGAAGUUUGCUGAAGAACAUAGAAUGUCCGGUGUGCAUGGAUUAUAUGACCCCUCCAAUAAUCUUGUGCCAAAACGGACACAACAUAUGCAGUAACUGCAGGCCUAAUCUUGACACGUGUCCGAAUUGCAGAGACCCAAUCCUGGAGGCCAGGAACUACGCGUUGGAGGACCUCUGCUACAAACUCAACUACCCAUGCAAAUUCCUGGAAGAAGGUUGUGAAGAAACAUUCUCAGGGGAACACAUCAAAGAACAUCAAGCUGUCUGCCAUCAUGGAAUUCAUGCUUGUCCACUAGCCAGAGUUCCCGGAAUAAAUUGUGAUUGGAGCGGAGAGUUCAAGGAAUUCAUCACGCAUUUUGAAACUCGUCACGAAGACCGAAUCUGCACUGAAGCCAGAUUUCUGUCCCCAGAGACAAACGACUCAGUCUUCAUCCUCCUGGUGCACAAUGAGAUAUUCCUCUUCUAUAAGUGUUUCAGGGACGGUAAGUGUUGCUGUGUUGUGCAGCUUUUUGGCACAAGUGCUCAAGCUUCGAACUUUAAAUACAAGGUGAAGCUACGUGCCGAGAACAAGAUAGAGAAGCUAUCGCAGGUUAUCCUCGUCCGCGGCAUCACCGAGGAGUUCGACGCGGUAUUCAGAAGUGGGCACUGUGUGAGGCUGGACGUUGAUUUGGUGUGGCAUUAUCUUGUCGACGGGACAAUGCAACUCCAAGUGGAAGUGAUCAAUUUGAAAGCAGAGGAACAAGCAAAAGCUACCAGGAAUGAUAGGGCCCGUCCUGUAUUUUCUCACAGUAUUCGGUGGCAAUGGUGCAAAUGGUGGCCAUAGGCGCUGUUCAGUCUACAGUGAACAUAAGCAGAUAGCUUACAAUAAAUAAACUUGGGCCCCAGUACAGCCUGUGAUGAUAAAGAAUUUUCUGUUUUGUUUACCGUCCAUCAUACAACAGUUUCAAGAUUAGAAACGUGUAGUGCAGUGACGAAUUUUGAACUAAUUAGACACGAGGCUUUGUGGGCCCCAGAGCCGGUCUGGACGACGUGGAUAUGUGAAAAUUAUUGACCCUACCGAGACUAGAAUCC